UGGAAAAUCUUCGUUCAGUAAAGAAGGGGUCAGUUAGCUGUACUUUUCAUCCAGACCCAGGCAGCAGUGUUACAUGUGAUCAAGUGGCUCAUUUUUGUCCUGCUGUGGUAGAGAAAGGGUUGGAAACAAAACAACACUUAACUGUGGUCAUUUGGGGAGAGCUGAAAUGUGAUGGAGCAGAAGCUUUAUGUGAGGUCUUGGUGCGUGUCCCCCUGACAAGCCUGAGAUUGAAAUUGUAUGGAAAAUUAAGUGAUGGUUUUGCUACCAUUAUUGAAAGAUAUGUCAGAGGACAAAAUACAUUACACUCCCUAACAAUCGACAUUUGGGACGAUUUGACCUCAGGGACAGAAACUGUACUUCAGGAACUAUCACAUAAUAAUAAAAUCGUUCAAGUGAAAGUGCAUGGCGUCAGCGGUGUUGCUAAUGAAAUGUGCAGUGCUCUUGAUGUCUCUAUUAACAGUCCUGCAUCACUGACAUCAGUGUUCUCUGAAGUUAAGAAUACCAGAAAGAAGAGGAUCAAUCUUAAAAUAAUUAACGACGAUGAAGUAAUUAGUGACUGGCCACGUCUGCUAGGUGAUGCUUUGGCAGAUACCACAUCACUAACCAUGCUGGAUCUUACAGUGAGCAACUACACAAUGAAUCCAGGAAUAGGGAAAGACCUCGGGGAUAGUUUGCUUCGAAGUUCUUCAUUAACAGUCUUAAGUCUUACAAUGAACAACUACAGUAACAUGGCAGAAGGCUGGGAAUACACGCUGAUCAACAGCUUAGCUAAAAUGGCGUCAUUAACUACACUCAGUCUCUCAAUUGACGAUCGUGGCAAGGUGAGGAAAUUUGGAGAAGGUUUGAUGGCAGUGAAGUCCUUGUCUACACUUUCCGUCGUAAUCAACGGUAGUAAGUUAACUUAUUUUUGGGGUGAAUUUCUGAGAAAAUGUUUGGAAGAAAGCACUUCACUAACAAAACUCAGCCUUACAAGCAACAACUAUAAGGAGAAAAAUAACAGUGCCACGUUCUAUUACCACCCUUCUGACGAUUCAAAAGAAAUGCCUGUGACUUUGGUAAAAGGUCUCCGUUUUGGACUGGCAAGUACCUCAUCUUUAAAGGAACUAGUCAUUAUCCUUAACCACAUCACCUGUAGUUAUUUUGACUGGGAAGAGAUAUUAAUUAAAGGACUCUCAGUGAACAAUUCAAUAGCGUCCCUUACUGUUACAGUCAGUGGUUACGAAUACUUCAGCUGCGUAUCGUGGUUAGGCCCUCUGAAAGAAUGUUUAGCAGAAAACAAGACAUUAAGUACACUCAUGCUGACAGUAAAUGACAUCAGUAAAGGUGAACAGCAUAAUGACUGGCAAUCUCUAUCAACACCUUGUGAUUGUCCAGAAAACACAUCAUUAACUGAUGUCAAUCUAACAGUCAACAUCCGCAGUGAAGUAAGGGAAGACUGGUUACCAAGCAUUUGUGACUAUUUAAUGAUGAACUGCUCCUCCCUGAGAACAGUGAGAUUGCAAGUCAACAACCGUUGCGCUUCAAGCAAAAGUCGUAUAUAUGACUUAAGCGAACUUCGGUUAAAAUACCGAUCAUUAUCCACAUUUGAACUCUCUGUAACUUUCUAUGGAGAGUAA